CAUCCCGUCUUGUCCUACCGUCCUCCUAAACUCCUCCAACCUGGUCCUGAGCCCGCCGCGCCGCGCCCGCCCGCCCCUUGGCCUAGACAGACAGGAUUUUCCGUUUCGCCAUCGUCGGCCCUCGUCCCGUCCUAUCCCACGCCGUAUAAUGCGUAUUACUUCCUCACCCAGCCCACCAUAUUCCGCGGAGGGCAUGUCGUUAAGGAUUAGCGGAUUCUGAAUUUUCAUCGUUCUCUAGGAGUCUGGAGUCUGGAGUCCGAUGGACUGAUGGAGUACCCGUACCCGUAACGAACCAAGCCGUUCGGAUCCCCGUUGGCAGUAGAGUCAUCCAACCCUACCCUGACCAGCCCGGCCAUGGGCGAGACAUGGCGCUACGUACCUCCCCCGACCGACUGACUCUACACUAGGCCCUGGGACCCUCGAGUCUGUGGCGGCUUGGCCAUCAGUUCCUGCCCGUUUUCUGCCUCAAUGGGGGCAUGUCGGUGCGGUGGAGAAGAGCGCGGGGGUUAUCGGUGAACACGAACAUUACAGCCGAGCAGCGGCUCUUUCUCCUCCGAUCCGCCAUGGACACAAGAGCAGGUGAGGCCAGGGGAUGCCUGCGCAGGCUCGGGGUGGUUGAACUCUACCUGAUGGGGACCGCGGGAGCACGCCUUCGAGUUGCGGGAUGUUGAGACCUUCUAACCCGACUCUAACCUGAGCACACACGCUGGGAGGAACAAGAGCUUGUAAA